AUGAAAAGAAGAGAACGACGUCGACUACAACAGUCCAACUCUGAUUCAGAGGAUAACGAGAUAAAUUUUGCCAAAAACCUUAAAAAAGUUGAAAAAUCUGAUUUAAAUAACAAUGAGAAGGAAAAUAAUACUAAACUGAAUGGGGAAGUAGAAAAUUUAUUAGCUAAUGGAACUCAAGGUUACCACACUCAAAAUAUAAAUCAUAACAGAACCAAGUAUAAAUCUCCUCCAAGAAAUGACUAUUCAAGACCUGCUGGAUUAUCCUCAGAUCGAUGUAUGAGAGACUUUAUGAGUGCUAAAAACAGAAAGUUCUAUUCUAACACAGACAAAAUGAGUAAAAAUUCUACUCCCCGUUCAGAACGCUCUUACAACACUGAUAUUAGUGACUCAAUGGUUAAUAAUUCACAACGUGAUAGGUCAGUUGUUAUUAAUUCAUCCGCUAAUAAACACCUAAAUAACACAGUUGACAUUUUUAAUACCAACAACUCUGUUGAUAAGAAAGAUUGUAAACAAGUUGAAUAUAUUUUCAGAUCAAAUUCAAUUCUCAGAAAUGAGAACCGUCUAAGAAAUACUAGUCACUCCGACAUUUUCGGCGCGAAGGAACUAGUCCAUAAAAGAACAUUAUCAUAUCAAUCUGACCAUUCCACUUCAGAACUUGGUUCAAAUAUUGUAGAGAAACGAUCUAAACGCAACUUUAAGAACCAUGAUAUCCCUACUACUGUUGAUAGCGUCAAUAAUGAAAAUAUUCAUACUAAUAACUCCCUAGAAAAUGCUAACGAAUCAAAGGACGCUGAAAAUAUUGUUGAAAAUGUUAGUUUGAGGCUUUCAGGACUAAAAUCUGAAACAACUGAGAAGGAUUUGGAAACACUUUGUCGCUGUUGUAAACUUCAAAUUGUCUCAAUUACACUUGACAGGAAUAUUAUCACUCAUUGCUGUAUAGGAACAGGUAGGAUAAACUUAAAAAGUCCUAGGCAUAACAACUUAACCAACUUUAAAAAUCUUCUAAAACUCAAUGGAUUCAACUUUAAAUCGUAA